UCUUGCAGAGCCGUCCGAUGAGAGUUCUCUUACAUUUAACUACAUAGAUCUCUACAGCCUAUAAAAAAAAAUGGAUAACAGGUGUCAUUGUGCAACCAACAGCGACAUGCUUUCGAAUCCUAUCCUCUACAACAUCCUGAGCCAAAUGGAUGGCAGCAAACAAAGCCAAAACGUCUUCAACUACAAUUCAACAACUCACAGAUGCAACUGUGAGCUGCGACGGACGGUGUGCUUGAAAAGUCCAUCUGAGAUCUGCAAAGAAGCAUCAGCAGUUCUGGUCAAAACUGUCCAUUUCAUGAAAAACUUACCUGCUUUCAACCAGAUGCCACCAAACGACCAGUUCUCACUUCUCAAAAGCUGCUGGGCACCGCUCUUCAUUUUGGGUCUGGCCCAGGAGCAUGUGGACUUUGAGGUGACGGACACACCUGCGGACAGCAUGCUGAAAAAGAUUCUCCUAAACCGUCAGGAGAGAGCCGAGACGGAGAAGGAGCAGCCCACCAUGGCCGGUGUCAGCAGACUCCAGUCCUGCCUCAAAAAGUUUUGGAGUUUGGAUUUGAGUCCAAAGGAGUAUGCAUACCUCAAAGGGAUCACAAUAUUUAAUCCAGAUGUCCCAGAUUUAAAGGCAGCUCUGUUUGUUGAGGGCUUGCAACAGGAGGCUCAGCACGCCCUCAGCGAGGUGGUCCAGCUCCUUCACCCAGGGAACCAGGAGCGCUUUGCUCGAAUCCUCCUCACAGCCUCCAUGCUGCAGAGCAUCACACCCAGCCUCAUUGCUGAACUCUUCUUCAGGCCCGUGACAGGCCAGGCGGAUCUGCUGGAGCUGCUGGUCGACAUGCUAUUCUGCAGAUAGAAGAGGACAGGCGGACUCUGUGUACUGUAACUGUAAGGUUGAAUCCAAUGAUUUCUACUGUUGUGAUGCAGACCUUAUCGCGGACCAACCCAAGCAAUGUUUUCCUCAUGACACCGAGGAAUGCCUGACAGUGGACUGCAAAGGGAAGCACUUACAACAGCCAAUAAAAACUAUGUGAAUUGGUGAACAGGAGACUGUGAAUUACUAAUAUUUACAUUGAAGCUCAGGUCACUUUAGCCCAGUCUGAAAAUCUUUUAUCCGCUGAAGUUAAAAGAUUUAACUAUAACACAUAAACAGAGACAUUACCCACUGUAAAUAUAUUCUGUUUGCUUCAAAGUUGUAAAUAAAUACUGCAAUUACAGAGAAUUUCAAAUAAAUAUAUUUUUGUACCUGACCUGUUUCAACUUUU